GCAAGCAAUACGAUGGCACCACAACAGUCCAUUCGGGCUCUGCUCGCCUACGCGGGCAACAUCUUCUCCCAAGUCCCACUCGGUGGAAUCGCGAACCCAUUCGACUCCGGCUCGGCAGUUGUCGGAAACACCGGCAGCCAGCAACAGCAAUGUCACUACUCACCGCUCACCGGCGCACCAGCCUGUCCGAUCGAUGGCCCCAUGUCGUGUCACAACAACACGCCCGUCGUAGGCAACUCGUGCUGCUUUGUGCACCCUGGUGGUCAGUUGAUGUUGACCCAGUUCUGGGACCAGGACAUUCACGAAGGAGGUUCUGAUGAGGACUGGACGAUCCAUGGGUUGUGGCCGGAUCUGUGCAACGGCGGCUAUGAGCAGUUCUGCAACAUUGCGCCGCAGUACAGGAACAUCACGGAAAUCCUCCACGCUCACGGGCAGGCGGAUCUCGUCUCCUUCAUGAACCGAUACUGGGUCGCGGACCGGGGCACCAAUGACCAUCUGUGGGAGCACGAGUGGAACAAGCACGGGACGUGCAUCAACACGCUCGCGCCGGCAUGCUACUCGACACCAUCCUCAUCGUCGUGCAGCAGCACGGCGGCGGCGGUAGCAAGCCCUGGCGAGAUGGCGGUGGUGGAUUACUUCACCCGCGCGGUCGCGCUCUUCAAGACGCUCGACACGUACACGGCGCUGGAGCGCGCCGGCAUCGUGCCGCACGCCCGCAAGCGCUACCCGCUUGUCGACGUGCAAAAAGCGUUGGCCGAGUACCUGGGCGGUGGCAAGGUGGCGCUGCGGUGCAGGGGAGGCAACAGGCACAGGAAGGGCGACGUGCUCAACGAGGCCUGGUUCGUCUACUACGUCAAGGGCAGCCUGCAGACGGGAGAGUUUGUCCCCGCGCCCCCGACGGGCAGGGACGCGACCAACUGCGCGCCGUGGAUCAAGUACCCGCCCAAGAGGAGACGUGGGGAUCUGUGA